AUGAAGCUUCUUCAUCAGUACGAGCCUAUCUAUUUCCGCUAUGACUUUCUAACCGGACACACCUUGUAUAUCUUGCCGAAAUCCAAAGGCGAGCUACGCGAUUUGAUCCACGCCAUUGGAGAGAGAUUCAAGGGAUCAUCCUCAGAUUGCCUUUCCAUUAGGAAGCGGGGUAUCUCCCAGAAGAAUGAUUCUUUACACCCUCUAACCCUUCACUCGGUGGUCAUGUUCUAUGUCCUUUCAUCCCGGAACACGGAACUAAACAACCUAAUCAAAUGGCUUCUCUGGAUCGAGACGCAACUGCACCAGGGAUCUAUCUUCGAGGUAUCGGACUCUAAUCGCUUCUCGAGAUACAUACAACUGCUGCAUAAAAUGUCGCGGAACCUGAUAACCCUAGAGCACAAUAACCAACGCGACGCAUCAAAUAUCGGACAUCUUCUCCGGGACCAUGAGCGUCUUGGAAGACUGGCGGAGCUACAGGGGACAUAUAUUGACCACUCAACGCAUGGGAGAGUUCGGGAUGACCUACUUAUGCUACAUGACUUGUGUGAUGAUCGACACCGCAGAAUCAUGAACCUGCAGCGAAGAACCAGUAAUUUUGUGACACUUUUAUACAAUCUCAUCACCGGCCAUGACAGCACAAUAAAUUUGAAGAUUGCCACGGAAAGCGCCAAAAUAGCGCGCGAUGCGCGCAAGGAUAGUGCUUCUAUGAAGAUCAUCGCUGGAAUGACACUGCUCUAUCUCCCAGCUACUUUUGUUUGCAGUCUUUUUGGGACAAAUUUCAUCGCUUUGGAUACAUCGACUGGGAAUGACGAGCCUGCCUUUGUUGUCUCUCGUCUCUGGUGGAUUUAUUUUGCGUUUGCGGUACCUUUGACAGCUUUUACGAUGAUCGGAUUUCUGAUUUGGCGGCGGUUUCGCGAGCGGAAGCCUGGUGAGAGAGCGAAUGGAAUUGGCGUCUCAUGA